AUGGCGGCCGUGGCUGCAGAGCCAGGAGCUGCUGCUGCGGCGGCAUCAACAACAGCGGGGGACGGGGUCGAGUACGAGCCGGAGCUAGCCGAGCAUGUGGCCGACCUCGACACCCACUCAACGCAGGACUUCGUCCCCGAGAUGGACCUCUGUCACCCGGCCGAGGAUGUGGAUGCGGUUCAGGAAUGCAGCCAGGUCCAAAUGGAAAUGAGAAGGCCGGACCUCCAAGCCGCGGGAAAAGCCCUGGCUGUCCGUGCAGAGGAUGGACACGCCGAGACGGGCGGCGCGUGGAGCCGCGUGAACGAGCCCGAGGAGCACGUUCUCACGGACUAUGGGUAUAAAGACAUUGCCGUGGUGGGGGAGCGACUAAAAGAGCCGUUCUCGCCCAGCGUGGAGGCUGCUAACGAGGUCAGUGCUCGAGAACCCAGCGCCUGCCUUCUGCCCAGCUCCAUCUCCGACUCUCAGCCGUCCGUGGUCUUCUUGCAUUCUCUGCCCGCUAAUCACCCUGUUGAAUCGGAGACGGGGCUGUCUCUGGCCGAGGCUGCCGAAUCGGCAGCCGAAUACUACAGUAAUCCGCAGUCAACUCAUCCUACUGACUCCAUAGGGUUCAUACAGCCCUCUCGGGAGGCAAACGUGGAGCCCGAAGCCGCCAACGACGCUCCCGGCUCCGAGUUUAAGCCUCCUGAGGACGCUUUCCACGAACUCCCUCAGCCUCCAGACCAUCCCGAAUCUCUGUCCACUCUAGAGGAGACCUCGCUCGGGGACUCGGUCGGGCAGAGUUGCGUUAGUGACUUUUCUGACGGCUCCAUGAAGGACUCCGCCGAACUUCCAUUAGCAGCAGAAGCGGCGGCGGCGGAGCAGUCCCUCAUCUCAUCAGAAUCUGAGGAUGUGCGCGCGCAUCCUGUUUUGAGUUUGAAAACGGACCUGAACGAGCCCGAGCUCAAACCUCAGGUGCCUCGCGCAGAAAGCGUGGAGAGACAGUCUGAGAGCAUUAUGGGUCUCGUCCCCGGCUCGGAGGUCCGAGUCUCACUGGAUCACAUCAUCGACGAUGCACUUGUUGUGUCCUUUCGUUUAGGAGAGAAAAUCUUCUCCGGGGUGCUCAUGGACCUUUCGAAAAGGUUUGGACCCUAUGGAAUUCCAAUAACUGUAUUCCCAAAGAGAGAGUACAAGGACAAACCAGAAUCUAUGCAGUUAAAGACGGAGCCAUUCCAGUCAGAGACUGAGAAGGGCGUCACUCAAGGAUCUCCUGAUGCCCCUCCCAAGGAACCUGCCCAAACCCCUUCAGUUCCACAAGCCAGCCCUAACCCUCAGCCCAACCCAUGGACCUCAAAACCACCCCCUUUGUUUCAGGAGGGGGCACCUUACCCGCCUCCAAUAUUCAUCAGGGACACCUACAACCAGUCGUUACCUCAGCCUCCACCCCGCAAGAUCAAACGGCCGAAACGCAGGCUAUACCGAGAGGAGCCUACUUCUAUUAUGAAUGCCAUCAAGCUCCGACCGAGGCAAGUGCUGUGUGAUAAAUGCAAAGGGGCUGUAGUACAAGGGGACAAGCGUGAGACACGUAGAGGCCCCAUUUCAGACUGCCGGAGCGAUGAUGCAAAGCGACGGCGAAACGACAGCGCAGCUGCGGCUGCUGGGAAGCGGCCUCGUACUGAGGACAGAAGCCGCGCUGCUGACGGACCCAAGCGGCAGGCUGCAACCAUACGGGUCACUUCCUCCUCUGCUUCUUCUGCUCUGGGCCAGGUUAAGGGGACAGCUGCAGGGAACCGUGUGGUGAAAGGGGUUUCCACUGCAGCACCAUCCUCCGCCAACAGCAGCUCCCGAGUGCAGCUCAAUGCCAAGAAAGUGCUUCAGAGCAAAAAUGUUGACCACUCUAAAGCACGAGAAGUGCUAAAGCUGGCCAAAGCUCAGAGGAGGCAGAGAGAGACAGUCACCAGCAGCAGCAGCAGCAGCAGUAACACCAAGGCCAUGACGAGGGCUGCUGCUCUCCAGGAAUCCCACCAGAAGGUCCACUUCACCAGACGACUGCAACAGAUCAGUGGAGGAGGACCGGGCAUGGCGAACCCGCUGCCACCCAGGAUGCGCAUCAAGCCCCAAAGGUACCGUAACGAAGAAAACGAUUCUUCCUCAUGUAGGCCGCCUUGCUUGGAGAAAGUGCCGGGAGGGGGACGUUUAGCGCUGCCUAAGCUAGCUGCAGCUCGCUGCACCUCCACCCGCUCCUCCUCCUCCUCCUGCUCCGCAGGCCAGGCCGCCGCUGCUGCAGAGCCUCUGGGGCCCGACAGGGCGCUCGAGCCCCCGUUGAGCCAGCAGGCCCAACCUAAACCCCAACCACACCCCCACCCACCUCCGGAGCACAGGGACCCCCAGCCCGAGCCAGAGGAACAGGAGGGGCGGGAGACGCGCGGGAGCAAGGCGGGCAACCUGGUGGUCUACAUGACCCUUAAUCCCAGCCAGCCUGACUCCUCUAGUACCUCGAUGUGCAGCAUUGAUAGUGCAGAUGAUUUAAAGUCAUCAAACUCUGAGUGUAGCUCAACUGAAACCCUUGACUUUCCCCCUCCCGGCGAUUUCCGCUCGGCCCCUGCCCCCGGCACAUCUUCCACUUUUGCCUCCACCUCUCCCACUGCUCCCAAGGAUGAAAAAAAGCGCAGUAAAUCCCUCAAAGCCACUGUUUUUUCCAAAAAUGUCUCAAAGUGCGUUGCCCUGGAUGGCAGGACCAUUUGCGUAGGGGACAUUGUGUGGGCCAAAAUCCUCGGCUUCCCUUGGUGGCCCGCCCGCAUCCUAGCCAUCACAGUGAGCCGCAAAGAUAAUGGGCUGUUAGUCAGACAGGAGGCCCGCGUCUCCUGGUUUGGGUCGCCUACCACUUCCUUCCUGGCAAUUACUCAGCUUGCCCCCUUUCUAGAAAACUUCCAGUCUCGCUUCGACAAGAAGAGAAAGGGUCUGUACCGUAAAGCCAUCACAGAAGCCGCCAAGGCAGCCAAACAGCUCACUCCUGAGGUUCGCGCCUUGCUAACUCAGUUUGAGACGUGAGGCUGUGUGCCUUUGAAAGUGCUGCAACACUGAAGGGAUGCUGAUUGGUCUGUUGCCCCAGGAUACUGCCAUUGGUCAAGAGCCAGUAAGAUGGGAGGAGCCAUUCACAGAGGGAAAGACAGGUGUAAUGGAGAAAAUAUUUUUAUUUAAGAAUAAUUAUAUAUUUAUAAUAAUGAAUCGAGGACUCCAUGCACCUCUUUGCCCAAUCAAUCAUGCUGAUCAUUCUUCAAAAGCAGGAUUUUUUUUUUUUUUGAGCAUUCAUGUUCCCAGCAUGUUUGAGGAAGGACAUUUGCAAUACUGGAUAGCACAGAGUUUUGACUAUUAUUGAAUUGAAUAUAUGUGAUGUCAAGGCACAGGGUAUUGCAAGGUUUUUAAGUCUGUUUAUGUCUGUCUGAAAAGAACGUUCAUGAAAAUAAGAAUGAAGAAAUAAUUUAGAAAUGAUUGAAAAGUGUUCUAUGUUAAAUGCAAUAAAUAUUGCAUGAGCUAUGCUUCACAGUACCGUUACAACAGAGCACUGGGUAUUACUGUGCUGAAGUCAUGAAUAAUAUCACCAGUGUUUCUGCAGAACCUUAUUUGUGCUCCUUUUGUAUUGAGAGAGAAAUUCUGAGCCUUACAAGAGGGAGCCGUCUGAAGCCCCAUAUUGUCUAGACUGUUCCUUUUUAGGUAGAAUGAAUAGGGAAAUGUCCUAUUUAUGUAGAAGAAUGAAAACCUACUUUCUGCAGAAUUACUUUAAAAACAAAAGUAUUACAUUUCUCUAUGCAUAUUUUCAAGUAUUGAAAAACUACAAGCUAACAAAAGGCAGUGACCCGUUUAAAAUUACUAGCUCAUACAGUGCCUUGAAAAAGCAUUCAACCCUUGAUUAUUUUUCACAUAAACAAUUGCCUCAACCAAGGAUUUUCAUGAGCAAGGAUAUGUUUUUCUUUGCAGCAAGGACUUCUUUCUUGCCACUCUUCCAUAAAGGCCCUUUGUUGAGCUGUGAACAUUACCUUUACAUCACAGCAGCCACUGUCCUUCUUGUCGGGUGACCAAGUUCAGAGUGGCAGUCUGGCUGUGGUUUCAUAUUUCUAAUUUCUUUAUGAUGGACUGAACUGAACUCCAAAAUAUAGUCUUGUGUCCUUUUCCAUGAGUAGGUCCUAGCAUAUUCAUGUUCUACUAUACUUUGCACCUUACAAACAGAUGUUUUUAGUUUCAUUAAGAAACUAAAAACAGUUUCCUACACAGGUGCUAAUGAACAAACAGUGAGUGGCAAGAUAAUAUAUUGUACAGGGUCAGAGACUAAUAAUUACAAAGGGUAUGAAUACUUUCUUAAAUUGCAUAAUGUUUUAAGUUUUAGUAAACUGUUAAAAUGUUUGGAGUCUUGCCUUUCAAUUUGGUGCGCUUAUACUGUUUUGCAGAUAAAAAAAUACACUCAUAUUUUUAACCUACUAUAUGAGGCAAUGAAAUGCGAAAAUAGUAUUAGGGGCUGCAUUCUUUCACAAGGCAUUGCAAAUUGAUCGAUAAAAUUCUGUGUCUGAGGAAAAUCAGCGAAGGACAAACUAUAAAACAAAACAAGCAUGCUUUUUUUUUACUCCACUGAGAUGGAUUUUGCUGAGGGUGGCUUUGUGGAAAACAGGCUGUAAAUCCACAUCAAUAUUUUUAAGGAUCAGUCUUACUGUGUCAUGACCAAUGAUGGUCUACAUAUCUGUACCUUCCCCUCUCUGGCCCAGGUUUUUUCAGCUGGUUUCUAAUGUUUCUAAUGACCCAGUUUCAGACAACAGCCUAUGCCUACCUGUCAUAUCUUCAUAUGGCGUGAGCCAGAGUGUCAGUCUCUUCAGUUCUGCUAUAUCAGAUUUUUUGCUUUGAGGUCUCUGUGUUAUCCUAGCAGCCUCCUGCACCUCGAGGGGGUGUCUUUAAUGACGCAGGCUGACCUGAGCAUUGCAGAAAGGGAGAGGAGAGUGAGUAAGGGAGUGCUACAUACACUCAACUGUGCUUACCCCCCCACACUUCCUAUUUUUACCCCCCUCUGGCUGAUGUACGUAUGCGUUUCAGUACAAUCGGACAACUCUUGAAUUUACAAGAAUGGUGGUUGUGGGAAAAAUGUUUUGUUAUUACUGUAUAUGUAUAUCUCUUUAUGAAAUGAACAAUAAACAUCUGCUUUUUGCCUUGUAUUAAAA